AUGGGAUAAGUGCGAUGGGAAGAUAGGCUAUUUGAUCUGAGUGGAAAUGAAUUGCACUUUGAGGAUUUUACUCAAGUCAAGUUUAAUAACGAGGACAUUGGAGAUGAAUUCUAUAUUGUUCUCAACUACGAAACCAUAAAGAACUCUAAGAAAUUUAUAGAGAUUAUAGACAAGGAUAAUGAGAAAGGAGUUAGCAUUGAGGAAAAUUUUUGUGAGUCAGAUGAUUAAUAACAUAUAUGCACAUAUAAUGAAUUGGCAUCUUAUUCAGCUCAAAGAGCUAAUGAUGUUGGUUUGGUAAAGACUGGGGCUAAAGUUUUACCCUAGGAGCUAGUGGGAAAUAAUUUCUACAGUGGAAAAGUACUUUGCUGUUCUAAUUGA